UUCAUUAUCCCCAAUGGCAUUGUCAUAUAUUCACCUUCUCUUGGUUUUCUAUGUCUUUGGUACUGGCAACUACAACAACUUCAUGUUCCAUGUCCUGUGGCAAGUAGUAAUGUUAUAUUAUCUUCUUUUUCUUCUCUAGUGUUGAUGCAGUGAAUUUCACACUGCAAAAUAGAUGAGGGAAGACUAUAUGGCCAGGGAUCCAACCUGGAUCUUGAAAACCUCAACUAAUGGAUGGCAGGCUUGAGUUAAGACCAGGUGAAUCAGUAGAUGUCAAUGCACCACAGGCGUGGUCAGGCUGUUUUUGGGGUUGUUGCAGCUGUUCAUUUGAUAUCUCUAGGCUGUGUGACUGGUGAUCAUGGUGGGGUUCUAAAAUGUGCUGGGGCAGGCGGUGCGCCACCCACAACCCUUGCAAAGUUUACCCUUAAUAGCCCAGUAGAUUUUUAUGAUGGCUACAACAUGCCAGUUUCGAUAUUCCCUACAGCUUGUAACAGUGCAUGCAUGGCAUUCAACAAGCCUGAGUAUUGCUGGACUGGUGCUUACAGUACUCCUGAGACAUGCAAGCCAACAGAUUUUUCUAAAGUGCUCAAGGUUUCUUGUCCUACAUCUUAUAGCUAUGCAUAUGACAACCUGACAAGUACUUUUACAUGCAAAGGAGCUAAUUAUGUGAUCAGAUUUUGUUGA